GCCCUCCCCCCUCCUCAGCGGGAGGGGGGGUGGUGCGCACGCCCCCGAGGACGCAGGUGUGAUUCCCCUCAGUACGGCGGCACCGUGGAAGUGCAGACUUUCACAGAGUCUGUGGUCUCAGCUCACACAGGUGCUCCAGAGGCUGGUGGACCUGAGCGGAGGCUGGGACGCCCUGGUGGGCCCCGGGCCCUGGAAGGCGGGUCCCGGUGGCCGGUGGCCCAGAAUGAGGCCAGCUCCCAGCAUGCCCUGCAGCCGGACGCCAGCCCCUCGGCCAGCAGCAGUGGUGAUAACAACCCAGUCAUUCUUCAGGCAUCCAACGAGGAGCCUGGGAGUGGGACCAUGCAGAGCAGCCCCUCCCCUGCUCACCCUCAGCUCCCAGUCCUACAGACACAGAUGGUGUCGGACGGCAUGACAGGCAGUAAUCCUGUGUCCCCUGCCUCAUCCAGUUCCCAAGCCUCUAGUGGGGCAGGCGGCAUCUCCCCCCAGCACAUAGCUCAAGAUUCUUCUCUGGAUGGACCUCCAGGCCCCCCAGAUGGUGCCACAGUGCCCCUGGAGGGGCUCAGCUUACCCCAGGCUGCUGACUUGGCUAACAGGGGCCCAAAGUGGGAGAAGAGCCAUGCUGAAAUUGCUGAACAGGCCAAGCAUGAGGCCGACAUUGAGACUAGGAUUGCUGAGCUGCGGAAGGAGGGUUUCUGGUCACUGAAGAGGCUGCCUAAGGUGCCAGAGCCUCCCCGCCCCAAAGGCCACUGGGACUAUCUGUGUGAAGAAAUGCAGUGGCUCUCUGCUGACUUUGCUCAGGAGCGCCGUUGGAAACGGGGAGUGGCCCGUAAGGUGGUGCGCAUGGUGAUCCGACACCACGAGGAGCAGCGGCAAAAGGAGGAACGGGCCCGGAGGGAGGAGCAGGCCAAGCUGCGCCGAAUCGCUUCCACCAUGGCCAAGGAUGUCAGGCAGUUCUGGAGCAAUGUGGAGAAGGUGGUGCAGUUCAAGCAACAGUCCCGGCUUGAGGAAAAGCGCAAAAAAGCCCUGGACCUGCACUUGGACUUCAUUGUGGGGCAAACUGAAAAGUAUUCAGAUCUUCUGUCUCAGAGCCUCAACCAGCCAUUAGCUUCCAGCAAAGCAGGCUCUUCACCUUGCCUUGGCUCUUCCUCAGCUGCCUCCAGUCCUCCACCCCCUGCUUCCCGCCUAGAUGAGGAAGAUGGGGACUUCCAGCCCCAAGAGGAGGAGGAAGAGGAUGAUGAGGAGACGAUUGAGGUUGAAGAACAACAGGAAGGCAAUGAUGCGGAGACCCACAGGCGUGAGAUUGAGCUGCUUCGUCGCGAGGGAGAACUGCCACUGGAAGAGCUGCUCCGUUCCCUUCCCCCUCAGCUGCUGGGAGGGCCUUCCAGCCCCUCUCAAACCCCCUCAUCUCCUGAUAGUGACACCAGAGACGGGCCUGAAGAAGGUGCUGAAGAAGCACCCUCUCAAAUGUUGCAGGUAAAGCCACCAUCUUCCUCUGUCACACAGCGUAACAAACAGCCUUGGCAUCCAGAUGAAGAUGAUGAAGAGUUUACUGCUAAUGAGGAUGAAGCGGAGGAUGAAGAGGACACCAUAGCAGCUGAAGAACAGUUGGAAGGAGAGGUGGAUCAUGCUGUGGAGCUGAGCGAGUUGGCACGAGAAGGUGAACUAUCUAUGGAGGAGCUAUUACAACAGUAUGCAGGAGCCUAUGCGUCUGAUGCCUCUGGCCCAGGCUCUGGGAGCAGUGAAGAGGAAGAGGAAGAGGAAGAUGAGGAUGUUGAUGCUAACAGCUCUGACUGUGAACCAGAGGGGGACAUAGAAGCUGAAGAGGCUCCUCAAGAGGAUAGUAGCAGUCAGUCAGACUCUGCUGAGGACCAGAGUGAGGAAGUGGAAGAUGAACAUUCAGAGGAGGAAGAAACAAGUGGUGGCAGUUCAACUUCAGAGGAAUCUGAGUCUGAUGAGUCUGAGGAUGCCCGAUCUCAAAGCCAAGCAGAAGAGGAGGAGGAGGAAGAUGAUGAUUUUGGAGUGGAGUACUUACUAGCUCGGGAUGAAGAACAGAGUGAGGCAGAUGGUGGCAGUGGGCCUCCCACGCCAGGACCUACCACUACUUUAGGCCCUAAGAAAGAAAUUACUGACAUUGCUGCAGCAGCUGAAAGUCUCCAGCCCAAGGGUUACACUUUGGCCACUACCCAGGUGAAGACACCCAUCCCCUUGCUUCUGCGGGGCCAGCUCCGGGAGUACCAACACAUUGGGUUGGACUGGCUAGUUACUAUGUAUGAGAAGAAGCUUAAUGGCAUUCUUGCUGAUGAGAUGGGGCUUGGCAAGACCAUCCAGACCAUCUCCCUGCUUGCCCACUUGGCUUGUGAGAAAGGUAACUGGGGUCCCCAUUUAAUCAUUGUUCCCACCAGCGUGAUGUUGAACUGGGAGAUGGAGUUGAAACGUUGGUGCCCAAGCUUUAAAAUCCUCACUUACUAUGGAGCCCAGAAAGAGAGGAAGCUCAAGCGGCAGGGCUGGACUAAGCCCAAUGCCUUCCAUGUGUGUAUCACGUCUUACAAGCUUGUGCUGCAGGACCACCAGGCCUUCCGCCGCAAGAACUGGCGCUAUCUCAUUCUGGAUGAGGCUCAGAACAUCAAGAACUUCAAGUCACAGCGUUGGCAGUCACUGCUCAACUUCAACAGCCAGAGGCGCCUGCUCCUGACAGGAACUCCCUUGCAGAAUAGCCUCAUGGAGCUGUGGUCCUUGAUGCACUUUUUGAUGCCCCAUGUCUUCCAGUCUCAUCGCGAGUUCAAGGAGUGGUUCUCUAACCCUCUAACUGGCAUGAUUGAGGGCAGCCAAGAGUAUAAUGAAGGUCUAGUCAAACGCCUCCACAAGGUUUUGCGGCCUUUUUUACUGCGCCGAGUUAAGGUGGAUGUUGAGAAGCAGAUGCCCAAAAAGUAUGAGCAUGUUAUCCGCUGCCGGCUCUCCAAGCGUCAACGCUGUCUCUAUGAUGACUUCAUGGCACAGACCACAACUAAGGAGACACUAGCCACGGGCCAUUUUAUGAGUGUCAUCAAUAUUUUGAUGCAGCUGCGAAAAGUUUGCAAUCAUCCAAAUCUGUUUGAUCCUCGACCUGUUACCUCCCCCUUCAUCACCCCAGGCAUCUGCUUCAGCACCGCCUCUUUGGUGCUAAGGGCCACGGAUGUCCAUCCCCUUCAGCGGGUAGACAUGGGUCGGUUUGACCUCAUUGGUCUGGAGGGUCGUGUCUCUCGAUAUGAGGCGGACACAUUUUUGCCCCGGCACCGCCUCUCCCGCCGGGUACUGCUAGAGGUGGCUACUGCUCCUGACCCUCCACCCCGGCCUAAGCCAGUCAAGAUGAAGGUCAACAGGAUGCUGCAGCCAGUACCCAAGCAAGAAGGCCGGACAGUGGUGGUGGUGAACAGCCCACGGACACCUCUGGGCCCUAUCCCACUCCGACCCACUCCAGGCCCUGAGCUCUCAGCCCAGCCUAUCCCUGGUCCAAGUCCCCCAGUGCUGCCAGCACCACUGAUGGUGUCAGCCUCGCCUGCUGGUCCCCCACUUAUUCCUGCAUCCCGGCCUCCGGGCCCUGUUCUCUUGCCACCACUGCAGUCAAACAGUGGUCCUCUCCCCCAGGUAUUACCAUCGUCUCUGGGGGUCUUAAGUGGGACCUCCCGGCCUCCCACGCCAACUCUAUCUCUGAAGCCAACACCACCUGCUCCAGUUCGCCUAAGCCCAGCCCCACCUCCAGGCUCUUCUAACCUAUUGAAGCCCCUGACAGUGCCACCAGGCUACACCUUUCCUCCUGCUGCUGCCACCACUUCUACCACCACAGCAACUGCUACCACCACGGCGGUGCCAGCUCCAACUCCUGCACCACAGCGCCUCAUUCUGUCUCCCGAUAUGCAGGCUCGCCUGCCCUCAGGUGAAGUGGUCAGCAUCGGGCAGUUAGCCUCACUGGCACAACGUCCAGUGGCUAAUGCAGGGGGAAGCAAACCUCUCACCUUCCAAAUCCAGGGCAACAAGCUGACUUUGACUGGUGCCCAGGUGCGCCAGCUUGCUGUGGGGCAGCCCCGCCCGCUGCAAAGGAAUGUAGUGCACCUCGUGUCCGCAGGGGGGCAGCACCACCUCAUCAGCCAGCCUGCCCAUGUGGCCCUCAUCCAGGCCGUGGCCCCGACCCCUGGCCCUACCCCUGUCUCUGUGCUGCCUUCUUCGACCCCCAGCACCACCCCUGCCCCCACUGGCCUCAACCUUCCGCUUGCUGCUAACCAGGUGCCACCAACCAUGGUGAAUAAUACAGGCGUGGUGAAGAUUGUAGUGAGACAAGCCCCUCGGGAUGGACUGACUCCUGUUCCUCCAUUGGCCCCAGCACCCCGGCCUCCAAGCUCUGGGCUUCCAGCUGUGUUGACUCCACGCCCCACGUUAACUCCUGGCCGACUACCCACACCUACUCUGGGUACUGCCCGUGCCUCCAUACCUUCCUCCACUCUAGUGAGGCCUCUUCUCAAGCUGGUCCACAGUCCUUCACCUGAAGUCAGUGCUUCAACACCUGGAGCUGCUCCCUUGACCAUCUCUUCUCCUCUCCAUGUGCCAUCCUCACUCCCUGGGCCAGCCUCUUCUCCAAUGCCAAUUCCCAACUCCUCUCCCCUUGGUAGUUCUGUGUCUUCUACAGUAUCAGUUCCAGUGUCGUCAUCACUCCCCAUCUCUGUCCCCACUACACUUCCUGUCCCAGCUUCAGUUCCAGUCACCAUCCCCAUCUCGGCCUCCUUGCCUGUUUCGGCUUCAGGCCCAACUCUGUUGACCAGUGUGACUCCACCACUGGCACCCGUUGUCUCAGCAGCUCCUGGACCUCCUGCUUUGGCACCAGCUGUGGCUUCCUCAUCAGCAUCAGCCUUGACUUUAGGUUUGGCCACGGCUCCAUCCCUGUCCUCAUCUCAGACACCCAGUCACCCUCUGUUGUUGGCUCCCACCUCUUCACAUGUUCCAGGGUUGAAUUCAUCUGUAGCCCCAGCAUGCUCACCUGUCCUGGUACCAGCUUCAGCUUUGGCCAAUCCAUUUCCGGCAGUGCCAAAUCCAGCUCCACCUCAGGCUUCCCUUCUGGCUCCAGCACCUUCUGCAUCUCAGGCUCUAGCCACCUCUCUGGCUCCUAUGGUGGCUCCACAGACAGCAAUUCUGGCUCCUUCUCCAGCUCCUUCUCUGGCUCCUCUUCCAGUCCUGGCACCAUCGCCAGGUCCUGCUCCUGUCAUGGCUCCAUCGCAGACUCCAGUUCCAGUUAUGGCUUCAUCAUCUACUCCAGGAACUCCUUUAGCCUCAGCUUCUUCACUGGUGGCAGCUCCAACUCCUGUGUUGGCUCCAUCAUCAACUCAAACUAUGGUACCAGCUCCAGUUCCGUCACCUCUCCCGAGCCCAGCUUCUACACAGACACUGACCCUAGCCCCAGCUUUAGCACCCCCUCUUGGCGGCUCAUCUCCAUCUCAGACACUGUCUUUGGGAACAGGGAGCCCCCAGGGACCCUUUCCAACUCAGACAUUGUCAUUGACUCCAGCAUCCUCCCUGGUACCAACUCCAUCCCAGACACUGUCUUUGGCACCAGGACCACCGCUGGUUCCAACUCAGACGCUGUCUCUGGCUCCAGCUUCUCCAAUGGGCCCAUCCCCAGCUCACACGCUGACUUUGGCUCCAGUGUCAUCAUCUGCUUCACUCCUGGCACCAGCUUCGGUGCAGACACUGACCUUGAGCCCUGCCCCUGUUCCGGUGCCUACCUUGGGCCCGGCUACAGCUCAGACCUUGGCGCUGGCCCCAGCUUCGACACAGUCCCCAGCUUCCCAGGCAUCUUCCCUUGUGGUUUCGGCAUCUGGCGCCACUUCCUUGCCUGUCACCAUGGUAUCCCGGCUGCCUGUUUCCAAGGAUGAGCCUGAGACACUGACAUUGCGCUCUGGUCCCCCCAGCCCUCCCUCCACUGCUACCUCGUUCAGUGGCCCCCGGCCUCGACGCCAGCCCCCCCCACCACCUCGUUCCCCUUUCUAUCUGGACUCUCUAGAGGAAAAGCGAAAGCGGCAGCGGUCUGAACGCCUGGAACGGAUUUUCCAACUUAGUGAGGCUCAUGGGGCCCUGGCACCCAUGUAUGGGACUGAAGUCCUGGAUUUCUGUACCCUGCCCCAACCUGUUGCCAGCCCCAUCGGCCCUUGUUCUCCUGGCCCCAGCCACCCCACCUUUUGGACUUAUACCGAGGCUGCCCACCGGGCUGUACUGUUUCCCCAGCAACGACUAGACCAGCUGUCAGAAAUCAUUGAGAGGUUCAUCUUUGUCAUGCCUCCUGUGGAGGCGCCUCCCCCCUCCCUGCAUGCCUGCCACCCACCUCCUUGGCUGGCCCCACGUCAGGCAGCCUUCCAGGAGCAACUGGCCAGCAAGCUCUGGCCCCGGGCUCGUCCUUUGCACCGUAUUGUGUGUAACAUGCGUACCCAGUUCCCUGACUUGAGACUCAUACAGUAUGAUUGUGGAAAGUUGCAAACGCUGGCAGUGCUGUUACGGCAGCUCAAGGCAGAGGGCCACCGAGUGCUUAUCUUCACCCAGAUGACCCGAAUGCUGGAUGUAUUGGAGCAGUUUCUCACCUACCAUGGGCACCUUUACUUGCGUCUGGAUGGGUCUACUAGAGUUGAACAGAGACAGGCCUUGAUGGAACGGUUCAAUGCAGACAAACGCAUAUUCUGCUUCAUCCUUUCAACUCGGAGUGGGGGUGUGGGCGUGAACCUGACAGGAGCAGACACUGUUGUUUUUUACGAUAGCGACUGGAAUCCCACCAUGGAUGCUCAGGCCCAGGAUCGCUGUCACCGAAUUGGCCAGACCCGAGAUGUCCACAUCUAUCGGCUUAUCAGUGAGCGGACAGUGGAGGAGAACAUCCUUAAAAAGGCAAAUCAGAAGAGAAUGUUGGGAGACAUGGCCAUUGAAGGAGGCAACUUCACUACAGCCUAUUUUAAACAGCAGACCAUCCGAGAGCUGUUUGAUAUGCCCCUGGAGGAGCCAUCUGGCUCAUCUGUACCCUCUGCCCCUGAAGAGGAGGAAGAGACUAUGGCCAGCAAGCAGACUCAUAUUCUAGAGCAGGCAUUGUGUCGGGCAGAGGAUGAAGAAGAUAUCCGUGCAGCUACCCAGGCCAAGGCUGAACAGGUGGCUGAGCUUGCAGAAUUUAAUGAGAAUGAUGGAUUUCCUGCAGGUGAGGGAGAGGAGGCCAGUCGGCCUGGGGCUGAAGAUGAGGAAAUGUCCCGGGCUGAGCAGGAGAUUGCUGCCCUUGUAGAACAGCUGACCCCCAUAGAGCGCUACGCUAUGAAAUUCCUGGAAGCCUCACUGGAGGAGGUGAGCCGAGAGGAGCUCAAGCAGGCAGAAGAGCAAGUGGAAGCUGCCCGCAAAGACCUGGACCAAGCCAAGGAAGAGGUGAUGGAGGACGAGGAGAAGGCAGUGGAGAGAUUGGAAGCUGCUCACUCUCCAUCCCCCAUCCGCUGCUGCUGGCUCCGCCUCCGCUACUUGGCAGCUACUAGCAUUAUCUGUGGCUGCUCUUGCCUGGGAGUCAUGGCUCUUGUGUUUGCCAUCAAGGCGGAAGAGCGGCAUAAGGCAGGCCGGUUCCAGGAGGCAGUGUCCUGGGGGGCCCGGGCCCGGAAACUCAUUCUGGUCAGCUUUGCUGUCUGGCUUGCUGUCCUCGUUCUGGGCCCCCUGCUACUGUGGCUGCUCUCCUACGCCAUCGCUCAGGCGGAGUGACCCUGGGUGGCCUCUGCUGAGAGCCAGCUGAGAACUCCUGGAUCCUGCAAUGCGGCAUUGCUAAGGUCCGGUGACAACAGUGGUCCUUCCUGGCUGGAAGGAUGGGACUCUCAAGGGGCUUUGGAAGAGCUCUUCUAGCCCUUUAUGAAAGGAGGGCAGCAGCUGAGACAUGAGGGGGAAGUCAGCCUGACCUAUUCUUUCAUUGCCCAGCACCCCAUAUAUCUCCCACCUUCCUCCAUUCCAGGGGCCUCCACCCAGAGGAAGGGUUGAAGACCAGGCCUGAUUUUAUUAGAAUUUGUUUUGUAAUAAAAGUCUUUUUUAGUGGUGAA